AUGUUGUGUUCCCUAGGAUGCGAUUUAUUCAUCUGCCUGUUCCUGCUGACCUGCUUCUGCGCCUCAGCCGCGUCCACCCAACUCUCGCUGGACCUCACCGUCAAACUCACCUGUGCGGUCCCAUGCUCGUCAUCCAGCGGAACAGUCUUCGUCCAGGGCUCUCCUGGCUCAGCCGUGCAUAUUUCGACCACGUCAGAGGGGAGGAGAGCUUUCCAUGUCAGGAUGGGUCGAGGAGACUGUCAGACGUGCGCAAGGAGGAUCGUGGUCUCGGAGGAAGCAUCGUCUUCAUGCUCGGGCUCAGUCACUCUGCAGCUGCUGCUUCACAUACCAUCCAAGUACAUCACGGUUCAACUGGACGGAAAGCUGGUGGCUGGUGAGAGCAUGCGAGGUCAGGAGGGGAGGCAGGAAGAGGACAAGGAGGAAGAGCUUUACCUUUGGGCGGAGGAAGGAGUAGGAGGCUCGAACCCGACCGGUUUCUGUCCGGAGGGAGAGGAAUGCCGCAACUUCAUCAACGCCUCCUGCUCGCUCCAGGUCUCACCUCCCCCUCAAACUGUCCGGACGAACAACUCCGAGGCACUGAGGAGGAAGGAGGUAACCACGAGAGGAAGCGCAACCUGCAGCGCGUGCGCAGGAGGACAGGUGAACCUUGCUCGCUCGUGCGGCAACGACUACAGCUCGGCAUGCAGCACGAGUCAGUCGUCGGUGGCAGCGGGGGCAGAGGCUUCCAGGAGCAACGACGGAGUGAUCAAGACCAACUUCUUCUCCGGAUCCUGCUCGCACACUGAAAUGCAGACGGACCCCUGGUGGAUGCUGGACAUGGGGGGGAGGAGGAGGGUUUCGUCCGUGGUUAUCUGGAACCGAGCAGACUGCUGCUCUAACAGGAUCGUCGGCUUCCAAGUUCGACUCGGAGACUCGCUGGUUCUACAGGAAAAUCCUGUCUGCUACCAGGAUCAGUCGAAGGUUUCCAGCACCUACUACGCGGAGUCAUGCGAGGGAGAGGGCCGGUAUCUCUUCGUCGACCUGGUAGGAAACAACAAGAUCCUGUCGAUCCCCUUCCCCUGUCACUACAAGUACAGCAAGAACGACAACUACUACUCGAGCUCCGACAACUUCAACUACUACUCCAGCUCCGACAACUUCAACUACUACCCCAGCUCCGACAACUUCCACUACUACUCCAGCUCCGACAACUUCAACUACUACUCCAGCUCCGACAUCUAA